AUGGGAGAUCCGUUGAGCGUUGCCUCAGGAGUGAUUGCUAUUGUCACAGCAACUUUGCAAUCUAGCAAACUACUUUACGAAACGAUCCAAAGUUUCCGAAAUCACCAAACUGCAGUUUCUGAUCUUGUUCGUGAGCUUAAAGCUCUUGAGUCAGUUCUUCGGUCGCUUCAGGAUCAUGUACGCACCGAUGACAGAGCGUUUUUACCACUCAAAUUUCCCCUCAUGCAAUGCCGACAAGCAUGCGCAGAUUUCCAGACCCUCGUCGAGCAGAACAGCAGGCGCUCUCGGGACAAGGCAAGAACAAGCUUUAGAGAUUGGGCCAAGUUGAUGUACAUGAACGGAGAUAUAGUCUCCUUCAAAGAGCUUUUGGCUGGUUACAAAGCUACUAUCACCAUAGCGCUAGCUGAUGCCAACCUGCGUUCUUCCAAAGUUACUCUUGAGGUACUCAAUGACUAUAAGGACCUAAUAUGUGACACAAAGCUUGAUUUGGAAAAGCAUCUCAAGGACAUUGACACGAAAUUGCACGAUAUAAUGACUCGAAGCACAACGACCGAGACUGAUGAGGUCCGGACCAAUUUACAAAGAUUCGAGAACGAGAAAGAAAGUACUGAACGGUGUCUUGCUUAUUUGAGGCAUGUCCUGGAAGAGAUUAACGGGAUGCAUUUCCAAACUGUUCCCGCGGAGAAUACUUCGCAUGCCGCUGCAUCAUCUAUCUCUACUCAGAACGUGACACUGGCUGAUUCCCUAACAAUUUCCACUCUCAAAACAUGCAGCGUCAAUCUCUCGAACACCAUUGACCGGCUUGAAUCACACCGUGAAGAUACCGAAGAAAACCUCCGGCUUAGGUCUUCGUUGCAGACUCAAAAUUCAGAGAUUAAUCCCGAAGUGAACCGUGAGAUGCUUCAGAAUGAGUUGGAAAGCACAAGGCAAUGCUUAGGCGUCUGCGACCGGGCAUCGGAAUGGGCAUCGUCAGGCAGGGUCCACAUCGUGGAAGACAUCCGCGUCGGGAAUGACGGAAAACAGAUAUGCGUGUCUACUUUGGGAGAUCUAUUCAAUAUCAAGGGAGCUAGGGCCGGAAACAGAGGCUUUCAGUUUUUCGGGUCCGUUUCAGAGAGGAGUCUUAACGAUAUUUUAAGAUCCCAAAAUCAGCAGCAAUAUGCACGGAACGAAACCACCGUAGACGAGAUCUGCGUGAGCGGACAAGACACGCGCUCAAUAACAUAG